UCCCUAUAACCCGGAAAGGUUUCAGGCGUUGCUAUGGCUGUGCUCCAGUCUGCUUUUCUUGUCUGUGUGUCGCUAGCUAAUUUUAUUUUCGUAUCUUGGAGUACGGUGGAGUUCAUGAUUUUCAUUUCCCUGCGGCAGAUUUACCGGGAGAGUGGGAGUCCGGGAGCGACAGCAGCUGAAGUAAAUUCGGAAACAGAUGCUCGUGAACAUGCGGAUUGGGGGUCUGCCCUCACAGACCGGAACGUUCUCCUGACCCUCCUCUUCAACCUGGCACUCCUCUUCAUCUUCAUUCUGCAGCACAGCCUCAUGGCAAUGGAGACCGUGAAGAACUGGACACUGGCCGCAUUCGGAGUGCUCCAGCGAUCGCUGUACGUCUUCUGUACAGCCGCCUCUCUGCGGCUGCUGAUGGGGUACUGGAAGCCGAUCCAGAAUGCUCCCUUCCUGUGGGACGUCUGCAGGGAGCCCUGGGCUACCUGGUUCCCACUCAUCUGUUUCAUUGUUCACACCAUCGCCUGGCUGAUCAUCUUCAGCAUUGUCCUCAUCUUCGACUACGCUGAGCUGAUGGGCCUCAAGCAGGUUUACUAUCACUGCCUCGCCCUCGGGCACCCGAUGGAGCUGAAGUCGCAGAGGGCCCAGCGCCUCUACAGCCACCUGCGGCACCCGGUCUUCCUGGAGUUCCUGGUCAUCCUGUGGCUGGUGCCAAGCCUGCCGCUGGACCGCCUGCUGCUCUCCGCCACCCUCACCCUCUACCUGACCUGCGGCCACGGCCUGGACCAGCAGGAUUACCGCUACCUGCGGUCGCAGCUCCGCAAGAAGUUCGAGAUCUUCUCCCGGGAGGAGGAGGCGGGAGGCACGAGCGUCUGCCCGCCUGAACGCGACAGAGCCGGACAGCACCAGGAUUAGCCGGCAAGCCUGCCCAAGGUUCAUCGUAGUGACUGCCUCUGCCUUGUUGCCAUCUCGCUCUCUCUCCCCCACCCCACCUUCUCAGCCACCACUCGUAAGGCCCGACAGCAGACAGGCGGGUCUCCGCUGUGCAAACGAUGAGAAAAGUGGCCCGGUGAGGGUUUCCUUAGCUAUUUCUCUUCCUCUUCCAAUGUGUCGCCCUGGUCCCUUCCUGCCGUGGAGUAAAACUGCGCUUAUCUUGCCUCGGUGAUGUGCCUUUAACCCUCCUCCCACUCCUCCGCCUACACCCCUUCCCCCGCACUCAUUUCUGCCUCCCUGUGCCUUAUCGCUGACUUCCCUGCAGCUGGCGGACUCCCAUCAGCACUAACGGGCUCAGACACAAAGAGCCAGUGAAAGGUGCAGCAGGCGACCUGCUGGAGGGAGUGGUCACGGUGCUGCCACAGCAGAUUGUUCUGUGCCCCAGGUACCAGCAUCCGCAGCCUCUUGCGCCUCCAGUGGAAGGUGUAACCCAUGACGUUUGGCCCAUUGUGAUUGGUGACAGUCCCACAGGAACCAGCCAGCCUGAUCUCGCCUUCCAGCCUGGGAUCUGUGGCCUUGCAUGUCCUGGCUCUUCAAGUACCCACUGAGGGUCUUUGUAAACACAGUGAGAAUUCCUGCCUCUCCGCACUGUCCAGCCAGUGACAUUCAGAAUGCCCACUGCCUUCUACAUGAAAUCAGUCCUCCUCAGCUUUCCCUCAAACCUUUCCACUUGUUUCAGACCCGUGACCACUGAUUCCUGCUGGUUCAAGACUGGCGCAGUCCAGCUAGGGACUUGUCUUCAACUGGGAAGAGUGAGCCAAAGUCUCCCGCCUACAGCAAUUCCUGGAUCUACUGUGGUUUUGUGGGCUCCCUGCCUCUGAAAACCUCUGUAAUGUCUGUCUUACCCACUGCAGCAAAAAACACCGUUGAGAAGCUUGAUAUUUUUAUAGGAAUUUUUAUAUGAGAAAGAUUCAUAUCCUUAGAAAAAGAUAUGCCCAUCAUGCUGAAAAAUCUGCAUUUGCUUUGGAUACUGAGUUGUGGAACUUGAGGAAUAUUCUGAGUUUUAUUGGAAAGGAUACAAAUCCAUUAAAAAAUUGUAAUAUCUGUAAUCCAGUCCACAUUUGUCAUCAUUUACAGUACGUGGUGAUCACUGAGUUUGCUCAGCAGGUGUUGUCAUUUAAGCCAUUUGAGAACAAGAGGUGAGUCAUUCUAGGCAGACUGUUUGGUUGGUCCUAGCUAAACGGUGACCUAACUCCAUCAACCUGUCUUCCAGAUCAACCACCACAAUGUGUUUGUUUGUUUAUUUAGAGAUAUAGCAUACUAACAGGCCCUCCCAGCCCAGAAAGCACACACCACCCAAUUACACCCUUGUGGCCCACUAACCUACUAACCCGUACGUCCUUGGAAUGUGCCUGAGAACGGGAGCACCUGAAAGAGGCCUGCGUGGUCACGGGGAGAACGGACAAACUAACAGACAGCAGCGGAAUUGAACCCGGGUUACUGGUGCUACAGUAACAUUGAGCUAACCACUACAGUACCGUGCUAUCCAGCAGAAAUAUCUCAACGACCGUUCAGCAUUUCACAUUUGAACCAGCAUCAGCCGAGAGUUCGGAACUUUGACCAAGUCUGUGUGUACAGGCAUUUUUUUUUAAACUGCACUGGCUCUUAGCCAUAGUUCUGCACCAGUGAGAAUAGCUACACUCUUCUCUGUCUUGGUACAGAGCAGGAGUUCUUAACCUGGCGUCCAUGGAUUUUAAUGGGAUAAAAUUUACAUCUUUAAGUCAAUAACCUCCAACAAAAAUUUCUCUUCUUUUUCAAUUAUGCAUGUGGGCAACAAACCACUGUGGUUUCAGCAGUAUCUGUGGCUUUGUCACCAGUAGAAAUCACAGGUAUUUUCAUAUCACAUUAUAAUAUGGCAAAAUAAUCAUCACUCAUCGCUACUUCAAAGUUACGGUAGUUAUUUAAAUGCAUUAAUAAAGAAGCACAUAAAUGUUACUGUAUCAGAAAUUUGUUUUUAAAUA